GGAAAGCGCCACGCUUUCACCUCGUGUGGGCGUCGGAAGUGCAGGGGCGCUUGGAGGGAUACGUCAGAGUGAUCCUUUCGGCAUUGGGGACGAAACUUCCGAAAGUGAAGAAUCCUCCACUACACCGCCAUUGUCGAAAGAAUUUUGCGCGGAUAAACCAUUUCUCGUCUUGGUUCGUCGGCAGGAUGCCGGAGAGAUCGUAUUCGCUGGUGCUGUUGGACAACCAUUCCGCAAAAGUACAGCCGCUGCUGAGCAGACAAAGAAGUGCCUUUCCCCCGCCGACGAGCUCGAGGAAAACGAAAUCGCAAAGGUCAGCACGGGAGAGUCGAGAAAAGAAGGCCACGCUGGGCUACAUACAAAUGGAGACGCCGGACAUGGACAUCAUGAUGCGUGCAGGACUACUCUUGGACAAGGGGCCCCAGCGGAGUCCUGUCGCGGAUCUCAGAAGAUGAAACGAAGUCGGUCUCAUGAAGAUGGAGCUGCGGAAUGUCUAGAAAAGGGCAAGAAAUACAAUUCUGAACUAUCAGAAGAUGACGAUCGUCAUCUGAGACCGUUUCCGAGUGCACUUGCGAAAAAAGUCAGAGUGAUGUGGGUCAAUGAUCGACCGAAGGGCUUCGUCCGUCUUUUCGCGUCCAAGGGGAACUAAGUAAGACUUGUACAUACGUCCACUGACUCCUCACCACGUGUGGCGACUCGACUACAAGCACAAACAAGAACGGGCCAUAACCUUUCUCCCGCACUAAAUUUCCUGACAGGCGCGCGAAGAUCGCGGAGCUCGUCGCGAAGCGGAGAAGGCCAGCAGAAAAGGAAAAGAAGCAGCAGCCCCGAGCACGAAGGCGCAGAAGGGGGCAAGAAAAAAGGGAAAAAGAAGAAGACGCCUACGCGUGGAAACCAAGAUAGACCCCCGUCGGGUCGUAGUUUAAAUCUAUCCUCGACCCUUUGUGGAAAAUUUUCAGUACUAACCUUCGUCCCUUUUUUUCCCGGUAAAGCGCGCUACUUUUAACAAAAUACAGGCUAAAUCACAUCUGUUUCCAAGUGUUAGAAGCAAGAAGCUAGCUUGCUACGACUAAACUACUUGCAGCUGUGUAGCGGUUUGCAGCUACACAGCUUCAAACGUUUGAACCAUUAAAAAUCUCACAUAUGUGAACUAGGGCGGUAAUACACGAAAGAAGUACUACCAACCAUCACCAUACGACUGGGGGAAUCUACUAGAGACUUGAACGACGGGCAGCCUUAUGGUGAAUCGAGAAAACAGCUACUGCGUUUACUAAUUUCCUAGUGCGGAGCUGUUGCCUUACUUAAUACUUAAAAAUACAAUGCGCAGCAAGCUGGCUAGAUGAGUUCUACUGCAACUGUGGUGGAACCCAUUGGGAGCACUGCGGGAGGAUGUGGAGGAUGUGUGAUCCAUUGCGGGCCUCGAUCCUUAUCCACAUGGAGUUGCGAAGUGUUCCGAUCUUGUUCCGCACGAGUUUCAGCGUCCUGUUUAGGAAACUAAAUAAGCAACACAAGAACGAACAACUACAGACAAGAACGCCCAAGCACGACACACGCCCGACGCAACAGGAACGCGCGCGGCGUCUGUUUUCUUUUCUCGUGCAGGCUUGGUAAAUCCCACCUCGGUGAUAUCGCGCGCGACAUACUGAGAGGGCAUCAGAUUGCCGCAAUCUUAGACCGGCUCAGUAUGGUUGGUGGCCUUCCUCUCUCGGAAAGCCAUGGGCUGAAUCUAUCACAUAAAGGCCAGAGAGCACCGCCGUCGAAGAUUCUCAUCUCUACGCAACAUAAGUUCCAAAUGCCAACUUAUUGAUCUCUUUUUAUGAUAUGGAAUCUGAAUUGCGAUCUGUG